AUGUCGAGACUCCUCGAUCGGCCGAGGAGGCUUCCCGAGUCCUCAACAGAUAAGCAAAGACGCGGAUCACCGGACAGAGGAGUUGAACCAACAGAGCGAAUGUCCAAGUCUCGCGUCCAGGACGUCAUCAAGACCCUCUUGGUCGACGACAGCUACCAAAGCGACACCAUCAGCAGAGCCCAGGCUCUCCUACACAGCCGCUCGCUGGUUCUGUCAGAGCCUGAGGCGAGAGAGGAUACAGACGACUCUCUGCUGCAGGGCUCCAUCUCCACCAUCUAUGCUCCCACCCUCCUGCCUCCGUCCCUUGUGCGAGCUGCAACAGCUCAUGCUCGCAAGACCUUGAUGUCAAGAGCGCUUCGCGCAUGGCUGCGUCUGGCCUGGGCCAACCUGAGGGAAGUAGCGAAGGCGAGCGCAACGAUGACAGCAAUGGGGACAUGGAGGAAGGCGACGCUGAGGAAGGUCAAGGACGGGAACCUCUGGGCGGGUCCCUGCCAGCGUCCGACGAUGACGUUAGCUCAGUUUCUGCACGUCAGAAAGGAUGCGGUGAGGGUACAUGGAGGGAGAUGGAGGGGUACUGACAAGCUGGUGGUGCUGCAUGCCCAAGCAAACCUUCCAGUGCUGGCGGUGGAGGAUCUCGAGCUGGAGGUAUUGCCAGCUGCUGAGCAGGUUGUGCUUUGUUGUACAGAAGGUGAUGGCGUGCGAUGGUCGAGGUCAAAGAACAACAUACGAGCAAACUGUCUUCUCAGGAUGAAAGAGUUCGCAACUUCCAUGCGGGUUUGUCGAUACAAGAUGGUUCGGCAAAAUUUUGUCUUGUGGAAGGAAAUAGCAGUCUACAGCAAAGAAAGAACGUUGAAAGAAAGAGCAAUGAUAUUGCUGGGAAACUUCUUCCAGUCAAAAGAUCGCCUCGAUCGCUUAUCUGUUUCCUUCGGACAGCUUGCUGAAAAUGUCAGGACGAGGAAGAAGAUGAGAAGGUUUGAAAUGCUUGUAAGGACUCGAUGUGACAGACGUUCCCUGGUUACUUUCUUGAUGAGAUGGCUCACUAGUCAUCAUGAUCGAAGGACAUGGGCAAACUUUGAGAGCACUGCUCUGCUAAAGUUCUCGCUGUACCGUCUCCGAAGGAAGUGGGAGAGAUGGAAUGAGUUCUGUACUAGCUGCAAGGCAAGAGAUAGAAUCUCUCGGGCAGUGUUCUGCAAGGACGAAAUGAAGGCCAGCCAACGCCUUCGCAAGCUGGUUCCUCACUGUACAAGGAUGACGCUUGUAACGAAUUUCUGCAGUGAUGUCACUGUUUUCUCUGAAAGUACGUUUCUUUCAAUCAUUGGAAGGGGAUUGUCAGAAAGCAAGCGCAGCACUUGGUACAGCAUGGGGAGAAUGGAGAAAUUUUGUGAGGAACCAGGAAUUGAAGAGAAGAUACCCUGCGAAGUUCCUGUUGAAGUUAUCUCUAGGACAAGAUCUUUACGAACAAGAUUCCAUCUGAUGAUCUGGCGUGAGAGCAUUGAAACAAACACUGAGGCCCUCAAAAUCCUGCAUCAAGUCCAGCAGACACAGAUACGGAAAUUCUUCUUGGAGUGGAGUGUCAAAGUUGUUCAUCGCAGAAUCAUAAUUGAUCAAGAGUUGAAGAGGAAGACGAAAAGCUGGAUCUCGUUUUGCUGCAUGGUCGUAGAGACUCGCAGACUUCGUAUCAGUGCAACGAGGAUAAGCGUCAAGCUGUCGAGCUCCCUCCUCUCUACAUCCUUCUCUCGAUGGCUCGAUACUGCGACCGCCAUGAGGAGAAAUCGUCAGAUAGUGCGCAGGGCAUACACGCGCAUGGCGAUGCUCUUUGCGGCUUGCGCGUGGGAGGCGUGGAGGGACCAGCACAUGAACCAUCGCAAGGUCGUGAGGGCUCUUGACACCUGGAUGACAAAAACGAAGCUUGUCAGCGCCGGCGAGAUCUUUGAGGCGUGGCAGCUGAUUCGACGCCGACAAAAGCAUGUCAGAAACAACAUUGAAAAGGUCCACAAAAACCGUCAACACAUCUUGCUGCUACAAGCCUUCUCUUGUUGGAUAUCGGGUUUGAGCUGGGCAGCCAAAAAGCGCACGGAUAUCCUCAAGUCAAGCUCAUUCGCCUCCAGGAGGGAGCAAGGAAUCUCCUUUGCCUGCUGGGCUGCCUGUGCUCGAGCCGGAUCAGCUCGCCAUCGCCUUUUUGUACAGGUCAAGACCAGGACGGCAAAGAGUCUGCUCCGGUCCAGCUGGGGUUGUCUGGCUUCGUUCGUUUCGUCCUCGAGACAUCUCAAGGUCGUUUCGAGCAGGAUCGCGUCAGUCGUGCACAGACGACCUCCCAGGUCUCUUCUUGCCGAUGGCAAUGGCACGAUCCUUGUCCGCGCCUGGUUGCCAGUGGCCGAUGGCUCCUGUCUGACCCGCUGGCUCGCCUCCGUCCUCUUCGACUGCUGGCAGCAGCAGGCGACUCUCAGCAAGCACACCAAGUCGCUCGUGAACAAGACGGCCAGCGGCGUUGCUCGUGCCAUGCUGCUGAGCUCCAGCCGGAUGGAGGGCUCGAGGAUGCUUGCAACGAAGAGCGGAACGAGCUCGCGUCCCCUUCACAGGAGCCAGGGCGAGUCGAGAGCGUCAGGGAGAGGAGGCAGCAGGGGAUACGAAGAAAGUCAAGGGUCAUCUGACGAGGAGAGCGAGGAAGAGGAGCGAAUGAGCGGGAGGAGGAAAGUGAGGGGAGGGGAGGAGGAGCGAGUGAGCGGGAGGGCAGGGGAGGAGGAGGAGGAGGAGGAGGCAGUUGACGACUCGGCUACGUCAGAUGAAGACGAGGCUAUCAAGAUGGAGGACCUCAACGGCCACUGA